UACUAUAAUAACAUAUGGAGUAUCUAGUUGUUGAUUUCGCAACGAAGAAGGAUUAAAAGGGUGCAAAUAUAGUACACUGUAAGAGAACUUCUCUCUCCUCAGUCCUCACCCUCUCUUCGAAGUUCGAUCUACUCCAUUAACCACUGGAUUUUCGACCUUUUGGUGUUGGAGACUGACUUUGAAGAUUGUAAACAAUUACACAGAAUAAUUGAGAUGCAAACCAUACACCAAAGAGGAUGCCCACUAGAACUAGCCAAGGUUGCAGGGUGCUUAACCCCAAUCCAACACAACAAUUUCACCCUUCUUUCGACCGUUGUAUAUUCAAACCGGAAACUCUCAAAACCCAGAAAAUGUAAGGCCAAAAAUUGGGAUUGCAGAAUUAUGUUAAUGGAACAAAGGUGUAGGCAGCAGUUGAGAGUUCAAUAUUCUGAUAACCAAUAUGAAGUACUGGAUGAUGAGUUGCAAGAUGAGGGGGAACUUGAUGGACCUCAAAGGAAGUUUAGGGAAAGAGAAGAAGAGAGACUAUGAUAAAGACCCGGAAUUUGCUGAAAUUCUCGGUAGCUGUCUCGAUAACCCGGAUAAGGCUCAGUCUAAAAUGGAGGAAAGGUUGAGGAAGAAAAGGAACAAAAUACUGCAAACAAAAACAAGUUCUGGCUCACCCAUGAAAGUUACAUUUAACAAAUUUGAUUACUCAAAUUCAUAUAUUUGGUUCGAAUUUUGCAAUCCUCCACUGCAGAAAGAUGUUUCUUUGAUCUGUGAUGUAAUUAGGUCAUGGCACAUCAUUGGACGUCUUGGUGGUUGCAAUUCACUGAAUAUGCAGUUAACAUAAUCUCCCUUUGACAAAAGACUAAGCUAUGAUGCUAUUCAAGGAGCAAACGUAGAUCCAACCACAUUUUAUAACAUAGGGGAUCUUGAGAUUCAAGAUAAUUUGGCACGAAUAUGGGUUGAUAUUGGGACUAAUGAUUCGCUGCUUUUGGAUGUCCUAAUGAAUGCAUUGACACAGAUAAGCUCUGAUUUUGUGGGCAUAAAACAAGUUGUAUUCGGUGGAACUGAAUUCGAGAAUUGGAAGGAGAGCUUAACAGUAGAAGAUCCUGGAUGUAGUGUGCACAAGAUUUGACAAAGUCGAGUUACUGCAUUGUAAACAAGACUCUCAAAGAAGCGUAUGGUAACACAUCUUUCUGAUGAUGAUUGAUCUUAUUAAGCUCAAUACAUCUGCAAGUUAUUAAUCAAGGGAUUGGUUGACGGCAGAACAUCAGGCCGCUUUGGGUUUAGAACUCUUGCCAUUUGAGGAGUAGAUUAUGUCAUUGGAAAAUGAAAUCCUCGGAAAAUGAAAUCAGAUCUACAAUUAGAUCUUAAAAUACGAUUAAAUUAGUUCACACCACCGCACCAGGCCACCUCCCUUCUCUUCUUCUUUUCCGAUAACGUCGAGCAGCAACCAGGGGAGAGAGAUAUAGGGAGAAUCAGAAAGAGAAGAUUGGGAUUAUGUUUAUUUUUCUGAAUGAAUGAUAAUAUGGUUACAAGUAGCUAUUUAUAGGGAUUCUAGGAGAAUAAAGGAAAAUGUUUUAACUAUUUUUCACGUCCAAGACUUGCCUAAUAUAAUUCAAACUACUUGUUUAACGUAAUUCUAAUGGUAAUAUAAUUCUCUUUUAUUAACCUUCCA